AUGUUCUUGUAUAAUCACUUUUUAUUAAUAGCCAGUUUUUGUGGAAUUACAUACGCUGCAGCCAUCAAUGGUGGAGACGUGUGGAUCCACUCCACAUCACAGUCAGCCUUGCCAUUGGGAGCAGUGAAAGGUGGAUACGAUACAGACGGAUCUCCUCUCUACGUUGGGCGUGCCUAUCACGAGGGCAGCCUACUGCCGGCAAAAGUAAGUCCGAGCAGAGGUCUCGCCUAUGUGGCCAACUACGGAAAGGAGCACAGAAAAACUAACUACGACGUUCUUGUUGGUGAAGGAUAUAGGUGGAUUCCUGAUAACUAUGGUCAUGUGCCUGCCACGGCAGUGAUCGGUGGUAAAAACAAGCAAGGAGAAACCUUGUAUAUAGGUCGUGCAAUGUACAAGAACAGCCUGGUGAUAGGCAAGAUUCAUCAAUCACAUGGCUGCCUGUAUAUCCCAUUCGGAGGAAAGGAAGUAGCGAUAAGACAAUACGAAGUCCUGGUCCGCUAG